CUCGAGUCUCCCGACAAACAAAUGCAAAAGCCCAGAAGACCCGGCUUCUUCAGUGUCGAAUAUCGCAGUGAUCUGUAACGGUGAGUCCGUAAGUAGGCGAGUGUGUAGCAUAUUUCUGAAGGUCGCAGCCGUUGGUUCCUCUUCAAACGCUUUUCUGCUUGGCUUCGGUGCCUGACUGAGUUCCAAAAUUAGCUUUAAUUUUAGAGGGUUUGGGUUUUAUUCUUCUUUUUAUUAUUAAUUUUUUUUUUUUGAAAAAUAAAAGAGAGAUGGCGGAGAACAAUGGCGGCACUGAAAUUUCUCCAAACAUGACUAUUUACAUCAACAACCUCAACGAGAAAAUCAAGCUCGAAGAGUUGAAGAAGUCGCUGCACGCGGUGUUCUCGCAGUUCGGGAAGAUAUUGGAGGUAUUGGCAUUCAAGACGCUGAAGCAUAAAGGGCAAGCAUGGGUGGUCUUCGAGGACGUCUCCUCCGCCUCAAAUGCGCUUCGCCAAAUGCAGGGCUUUCCCUUUUACGACAAGCCAAUGAGAAUACAAUAUGCAAAGACCAAAUCAGAUAUAAUAGCAAAGGCUGAUGGCACUUUUGUUCCGCGGGAAAAGCGAAAGAGGCAUGAAGGAAAGAAGCGAAAAGAGCAACAUGACCCUAAUCAAGCAGGAAUGGGUCUGAAUCCUGCAUAUGCUGGUGCUUAUGGUUCAACACCUCCUCUAUCACAAAUACCUUACCCAGGUGGUGUAAAGCCUAUGGUUCCUGAGGCUCCUGCUCCACCCAACAACAUACUGUUUGUUCAGAAUCUUCCACAUGAGACAACUCCCAUGAUGCUGCAAAUGCUCUUCUGCCAGUAUCCCGGUUUUAAGGAGGUUAGAAUGAUUGAAACGAAGCCCGGGAUUGCCUUUGUAGAGUAUGCAGAUGAGAUGCAAUCAACAGUUGCAAUGCAGGGACUCCAGGGUUUUAAAAUGACACAGCAAAACUCAAUGUUAAUUACUUACGCAAAGAAAUGAGCAAUGCCAAUUCAUGUUUUGAUUCUCUCUAUGGAGAUUCUCUAUGGAGAGGAGGCUGCACACUUUGUUACCCAGGAUUUUGUUUAUCUUGUAAGGUGCCAAAUCUGUUUGUCUAAAAAUGUUCAUGUAUCAAUAUUUUUUUUUUUUGGGUUCUAGGAUAAUUGACUUCGGUGACUAGUGUCGUUUGGGUUAUUAACGAAAUCACUUUGGAUACUUCUGUAGUGCAGUAAAAUAUCAAAAAUUAUGCAUUUUCGUGGUA